GGUGUCAUUGAAGACCAGAAGCAGAGAGGAAGGGUGAUGUUGUAAAACACAAGACUACAUGAUUAUUAUUAGUAUUAUUGUGUGUAAGCAGGACACGGUCAUGCAGCAUCUCUCUGCAAAGCUUUUAUUUUGCCAUUUUUUGUGUAUUUUCCUGAGGUCAUGUUGUAGACUGCCCGGUGAGGAUGCAGGUAAACACAUGAGCAAGGACAGAGACAUACAGUGAGAAAAAUGCAGCAUUCAUUCAUUCUACAGCACACAUGAGGAUGCUGGAGCCACGUGUGAGGUUGUCACCGAGCUCUGACCAGAUGUCAACAAUCCCAUGCUGCACUGCUCACAGAAUGGACUCCCAACGGUGAUGGCAAAGAGGAAUGGUCAGAGGAGCAAUGGGAGAAAUGGUUGACCCAUGACAUAGGCUUGGAUGGAUUUGAAGAUGAGGACCUGUCUGAAAUCACAGAAAUCAAGGAUCAAUUUGUACUGAGGUCCAGGUGUGACGACUCUGACAUCAGAAUGACAAAAGAUCUCGCUUAACAUGACACUUUAAACAACAACUCAUUUGUGAAGAAGUACAGCUGGCAGCAGAAAAUCUCCCAGACCUUGCUGCCCCUUAAAACAGGUGAGCUGGCUCCUUCUCGUGAACACGUGUCUGAGCGAUGAGGAGAAGCACCAGCCGGGACAGAGUCGGACUCAAAUGAAAGACUGCGGCACCUCGACCGACAAACCCAACAGUUGCCCCUCCAAACACACUCAAGCUCCUGCUCCAUCUUACAAAGCCAGAGACGUGCACAGAGAAGCGGGCCACUGCGAGCGCAUCCGUUAUCACACAGACGUCCGGCUUGAGCCUACAGAAGAGAUCUUUCUGACGCCCAUACAGCGCUGCACUGAGGCUCCAGAGCAGGAGAUAACACCAGCGCUCUCCCAAGUGAUCGCAGACAGCUCUGACAACGAGAGGGGUUUGUCGGGAACGCUGCAGACUUCCAUGAGCAACUCGGACGUGAGCGGACUUUCGUACGAUUCGGUCAAAUACACGCUGGUGGUGGACGAGCACGAUCAGCUGGAGCUCGUCAGCUUGAAAGAGUGUUAUCACGGAUACAGUGAUGACAGCGACUCGGCCACCGUCUACGAUAACUGUGUCUCCUCUCCAUACGAGGAUGAGGAGGAUGAAGACAGGGGAAGAAAACAAAGCAGGAUCAAACAGAGUCUGUCAGAGGACUCCACACCUGAAGCCGACAUGCAGUUUUCUCUGAAAUUUGUUAACGUUUUCAUGAACGGCUGCUCACGCUCUUCCAUUAAGUGUGCUUUUAUAUAUGUUAAGCAUUUAGAUUUAUGCAUUUAGCAGAUGAUUUUAUCCAAAGCGACUUA